AUGGGGCAUGCUCUACACCAGUUCAAGGCUCUGUUUUGGAAGAAUUGGCUCUGCCGUGUGAGGCAACCGGUCUUGUCUCUCACUGAAAUACUCUGGCCAUGUGUGCUUUUCUUGAUUCUGGCUGCAAUCCGCUUCCAGGAGCCCCCAAAAUACAAGGAAAACUGUUACUUAGAAGCUCGGGAUUUACCAAGUCGGGGCCUUUAUCCUUUCAUGCGGACCCUUUUUUGUAAUGUUGGUUCCAGAUGCAAGAAUAUGAGUUACACAGCACAGAAAAACAACCGCUUCAGGAGAUUGCACCCAGCUCCAACAGUAUCCAGAGGAAGGGCUGUGGCAAUGAUGGCAAAAGAGGGGCAUAAGUGGCGUCUGGCUGACAUCAGUCCUGCCCUGGAAAUCCCCAUGAAGCAAAUAGCUCAGACACAGCACAUCCGAAUGGCUGCUGUCAUCCUGCAGAGAGGCUUGUGCGUGGGAAUGGAUUUGAAUGAAGUGGAGGAAAUGAUUUCUAGAGCAGAAAACCUGUACAAGCAACCAUAUUUCUGGAACAUUCUGCAUUCACUUCCUCAUCUUGAAUCGAACAGCUUUUAUACAGAAGAUGGGUUAGCUGCUGUAGCACAGUUUCUAAAAGGUAUUCAAAAUAUGUUAGCAUCAUUGAAGGAUUUAGCUAUGAUGCCAUUGGGCAAAAGUUUCUAUGAAAUGGUGAAAACAGCACUGAAUUUAACUGCUGCAUCAGUACAGGAUAGACGGUUAGAAGGUUUUCAGUACAAUCUUUCUCUUGGGGAUGUUUUGUGGAAUCCACAUGCUGUGAGAGCAGAACUUGAAUCCAGGUUUGGUUUUGAUGAUCUUCAUGUUGAGAAGCUGCUAAGUUACACAGCACAAUUAUCAAAGGUUCCCACAGGAGAGACACUGGAGCAGUUUGUGUGCUCUGCUCUGUCCAGUGUGCCGGAAGAUGAACCAAACAAAGAGAAUAAUGAAGAUGGCUGUAUUUCUGCAUGGCAUGAGGCCAAGGUGUAUCUGGUUCAUGCCAUCAGCAAGCUCAGGCUCUAUGCACAGGUAUUUGAGCAAUGGCUCAGCAGCAGCCUCUCUCAGAGACUCCUUCUGGAACUUGAAAGAAUCAUAGCUGAUUUGAUGUCUCAGUUUCUAGAUGACAGGGAAGCCAGGAAAUCUUUUUCAGACAUAAAUACCGUGAUUCAGCAAUGGAAUGAGAAAUCAGAUGCCUAUUUUUCAGAAGGAUAUACUGCAUCUCAUGAUCUAAUCCUGCAUCUGGAGAGAAUGCAGUCUGUACUUCAGGAUGUACCUCAGUGGCCUGUUAUGAAGAGAUUGCUUCUGGUAGAUGGAGCUAUAAGGAACGUAAUAGCACAGUAUUUAUACUUCACUGAAGAAGCUUUACGUAGCCUGGAAAAACAGAUUCCCUUUGCCCAAAGAGAUGGAUUCAUUCAUCUAGACAUCAGAAAGCUCUUUGUGGAGCUAAAACAGGUGUUGAUGAGCAAUGCUUCCUAUACAUGCAAUGACGUUCUUACAAUGUUUGAGAAGACCCUGAGACUCCCACAGGGCUCAGAUGACAUUGACAUUUUAGCAAUAUACCUGUGCCCUGGCAAUGGCUCAGAGGUGACCUUCAAGCUAAGUAACCAGGUCCAGUCACUAAAGGAAUCUGUCCUGCUUCUGCAGAAAGUAACUCAGGGACAACAGAGCCUGCCAGAUUCAAUAAUGGAUGAUUACUUGAGAUGGCAAGAAAUAGAAGAGGAGCUAACCAAAAAUUAUGCUUAUUACUGUGAAAUUAAUCAAUUGCUGAGCACGGAAGCACCAUCUGAGGAGGAUGUCCAUUUCAGCUCUUGUCAGGAACAGCUGCUUGUCUCACUAAUUAAUAAUACACUUGAAGAAAUUGUGUCUGCUUUUGAGGGAAACCCAUACUGGAAGGAUUUAACAACUUUUGUCAAUUGGACAUGCAAGGUAGCUCAAUAUACGAGUGAGGAAGCAGGCUCCACAGGAGAUAUGUCAGAUGGACUAGAAGCAUCUCUAUGUUCUAGACGAAAGCUCAGUUUGGACACCAUCCUAGGUCAUUAUUUGGCACUUCUGCGAGACUUACCAGAUUCUUCCUCAUUUAUUUCCUGGGCACGUACUAGUAUGGCCUCACUUGUUCCAGUGCUUUUCUCUCUGUAUCAGAACGAUGAUCUGGUGUUAAAUAUUGAGAGCAAUAGCACUCUGUUAACAUUUCUUUAUGAGACUUCAAAAGAUAUUUCAUCUUUUCAAGUAUGGCAUGAUUUCCAAGAUGAGGAUCGAGUUUUUGAUUUUCUGUCUGAAACUUUUGAUCUUCUCUGGAACUUCACCAGUAAGUCUCUCUGUGAAAAGUUGCUAAUCAUUUACAACUACACAGAGUUUCAGGCCCAGUCUCUUGCACAGAAAGGAAAAAAAGAGAUGCAAGUUGUCUAUCACACUCUGAGCAGCCUUAAAACUUUGUUUAUAGAUGAAGACCUCCAAACAGCUGCCCUUUGUUAUUUGGAACAGUUUCUUGAUAUCUCCCCAGAAUGCCUGGUAAAUAAUGGGUGCAUUGAUUUUUAUCUCUCAAACAUUACUUCUGUGGAUCAUUCAGCAGAGGUUUACAGCUUACUUUUGCUUCCAUUGGACAGUGUUCUGGCCAAUGUAACAAACUUGGGAGAAAAGGUAAGUAUACCUUCUGCCUUGCACUGCACUUUUACAUGGCUUCAAACUUGGACAGAGAUUUUUGAAGAAGCAUCCAAAAUCUUAAAUUUGAAUUCAACCUUUUUUGUAUGUCUAAGAAAUGAUUUGGCAAAUCUCUCUGGAAGUCUUUUAAAUGCAACUCAUGAUGAACUGUGCAAUAAUACAGCUAUGGUUAUUGUUGAAGCUACAUCAGCAGCAAUGAAGCUAUUAAAAAUCAUAUUUGAAGGAGGUGGUGAUUUAAAUGACUGGAAAGAUUUUGAAGCUUUCCUUGCUGAUCUUCAAAGUGUAUUUAUCAAUGCAGUUGAUGUCACAAGCUCACUUAACAGUUUAGAAAGUGUUUUAGACAUGAUGAGAGUCAUGAUAACUGAAUUGCAGAAAUCUAUACUGAAGGUUGCUGAUGGAGAGUUUUUGGAUUCUUGGCUUGAUACUUUCAUCUCAGGAGGAUCCAAGGGAGAAGAUAGGGGUGCUGGUGUAUUUUCUAUUGGAAAUUCCCUUUCUACUAUUCUCAAGCUCUCCCCAAAGGAACUUGGAAUUAUUCUCACUGAGAUAAAAGACACAACUGCUUUCUUCAAAAGUGUACCUCAAGGCAAAUAUAUGCUUUCAUCAGUAGAACUUUUGGCGGAAAUUCAAACUUUUCUGAAAAAUAAAAAUUUUGAAAUCCAAGGAGACAGCUCCUCUCAUUUGGAUAUUGAGAUUGAACCUCUCUUGAAUGAGAAAAAUACCAGUUUGUUGAUGGAGUUCUUUCAAUAUGUGAUUGGUAAACUUGACUCAGACUUGCAGGGUGAACACAAAACAUUUCUUCAGAAACUGAUAGAAACAACAGCUCUGAAUAUUGAACCGGUAAGGAAGGCAGUUGAAAUUUUCAAGUCUUCCAGUUUUACUGGCUUUCCAUUAAGAGAUGAUAAAGAGUUUCUAAAGCAUAUGGUAGCCUUGGUGCAAAAUAUGAGGAACACCGAUGUUGAGUUCUUGAUAAGUCAAUUCAAACAAAUCCAGAGGAGCCUAGAUAAUUUCUUUAAAAAUACUAAACCUUUGCAUAUUGAGAACUAUGAGGUAGGAAUGUUAACAGACUGGUGGGAUGCAUUUGAGAACAAUUCAUGUAAUUGGAACCUGACUGGCUUGUGGCAAAUAACACGAGUCUUUAAACAAGAUGAGCUCUAUGAUGUAGAAGAGAUAUUCCAUCUCCUCCUUGAUGUCAUCAACCUCACAGAAAGAUUAGCUCAUGUAAACAUCACGGAAGCACUAACUGAAGUAUAUGCUUUCAUACUGACUCAGGAAGCAAAACUGCCAAUGUUUACUGAAGAGGAGUUCUCUGAUCAAGUAGAAAGUCUUCUAAUGUUACUGGAGACAUUGACAGAUAUGUUGGAUGAACCUGCAGAGUCCUCAAUUUGUUUUUCUGCAUCAUUCUGCUGGACUCUUACAACAGCAAAGCCUCAGAGUGAUCCCGCUUUUAAACCUUGUGACUUUGUGCAUAGCAAUUCUACCCUUAGUUACAAUGCAGUUAUUGAAGUAAUUAAGGAGCUGAAACUCAUCAUUCUGGAGGACAGUUCCUCAUGCACUAUGGAAGACAUUCAGAUAGAUAUCACUCGCAAUCUGACUUGUUUUUUUUAUCAAAUCAAGGAAUGGAACUCUAUUCUUUUGAAGUUUUCUGAGCUCCAUCAUGUAAAUGGCUCAGUUCUCAAAGAGGUGCUAGAUUUUUGGAAUGAGCUAUCCAUCUAUGCUGUGCCACUGCAGGUGAAUAAUACAUACUCAAUCAAUUGUUCCUCCACACUGAAGAGACAAGUGGCUUUACAAAUCGUAGAAACAUUGGGCAGUAUGUCAGUGGCAGAAAUAGAGAUGGCCAAAGGUGUUCUUGAACGGUUGUAUGAUUUUUAUGGUGGUCUAAGUUGGAACAGACAUUCAAGAACAUCACUUAUAAAGACUGUUGUUAAAAAUGUAAAGAAUAUGACCAGUGAAUUUUCUGGACUUCUAGAUACAGAAGCUGUCAUUUCUUUUAUUUCUGCAAUUCAGCCUUUAAUGGCGCUGUCUUCUUUUGGAAACCAGACAUACUCAAUGCUGAUGAUAUUAUCAGCUUUAAAUGGAAACAGUAAUAUAUCUGAUAACUUUGAAAACUCCUGGUUUCCUAUAGUUACAAGCAUAGAAGAUUUAUUGGUAAAUUUUAAUGUUAGACAUUUACUUGAUGUGAUAGACCAAGAGUUUCAAUUAUUAAGGUUAGCCACUGGACAGUCCUCUUCAAUGGCUCUUGAUCUUUUAAUACAGCAGUUUAAUACAUCAUCUGUAGAUGCUAUGUUAAGAAAUUUGGAAGACAUGCAAGAGAUUUUGAACAGCUUUCUAUGUGAGUGUAACAAUAAAAAUUAUUCUAAAAUAAUGCAUGCUUUAAUUCUACUUAUGGCUAAUGAAAAUUCAUCGAAUGACCUACUGCUGUUUGUCAAAGACAUUAUUGAUUUUCUGGAACUAUUCCAAAAUAUGUCUAAGGAAGAUUACACUGGGAUGUUGUUUGCUGAUGGUCGUCUUAGCAGAGAAAAAUUGAAUAAUACUCAUACUGCUAAUUCAGUUUUGCUAAACAGUCUCCUUCAUAUAAUUACUGAUCUUUCUGUUAUAGAAGAAGCUCUACAUACAAACAAUACUGAGCUUCAGAUAGUUGACUUCAUUGAUUCAUUUUUUGAUAGCGCACAAUAUAGAGAAGUUUCUACUCAGUCCCAAAACAGAACUCUGGAGAUCAUGCAAGAGGUCUUGCAAAUGAUAUUUCAGUCUACCACAGAACAUGACAGGAACAAAAUAACCUUCUUACUAAAGGAUUUGCAUAAGGAUAUAAUGGCAGAAAUGAGAGCAUCUAAAAUCUGCAAGAUUCUUCAGAAACAGUUAAACCCUGCUAGUGUCCUACUAUUGCAGAAGUUGCAGUUUACCAUUUUGAAUGUUCUUAAAAUCUUUUCAGAAGAACCCGUUGUCAUUGGCAACAUUUUCUGUGUUGUUACAAAGUGUAAAGAUGGAUUAACGAGUCACUUACUCCUCUCUGUCAUUGAAGGAAUCACUCUGGUUCGAGAUCAUUAUCAGGAUAUUGAAAGAAUGUGGCGUUCUUUCAGCAAGAGGGAUUGUGAGAGUGUGGCAUAUGUGAACCAAAAACUUUCCAAUACUUUGGAGAGCUUCCUGAGAGCCUUACAGAAUGACAGCAAUGAUAGCUGUGAAUGUCAACUAAUGUCGGGGAACAUGCAGAGACAACUGCAAAUGGUGGCUGAAAAUUUGGAGUUACAGUUGUCAGAAAAUCCAGUGGCAGCUCUUCUCAGCAAUUUUAAUCUUUUGAAUGAUGUGAAAGUCAAAGAGUGUGUGCAGAAUCUUACUCAGUUAAGGCUGGACAUUGGUUCUUCUGUCAAUAUUUCUGAAGAAACUAUCAGUACCAUCUUGGAAGCCAGUAUUUCUCAUACAAAGGUUUUUUACAGUGCCUUUGUGGUAGCUUUAACCGGAAGAUGUGAUGAAGAAUUACUUAGCCUGCUGCUAAAGCUACCUGAAAACAGUAAAACUUCUGUGGUAGUGGAAGAGUUAUGUUCUUUACCAGCAUUGGAGUUGUAUACCAUGUUUGUACUGAUUAUGCAGAAUUUGAACUUACGUCAUAUUAUUUACAAGAUUAAUAUACCAUCUGAGACAGGCAAUGUUCUAAACAUGCUACUGGAUGUGGUUUCUAGUAUCAGCUCUCUUCUCAAUAAAGCCCACCAUGUCAUGGAAAACUUUCCAGUGUUCCUCCAAGGAAUUCAAGACAUUAGUGUGCUUGAUAUCUCUGCAUUGCAGCAGUUCUUGCACAGUGGGCAGUUCAGAAGUUCAGCUGUUGGAUCCCUGGAGACUGUAAUCAAGGCAGUGUGUAAAGAAGAAUCUUCAUUUUUCAGCAAUGCAAACCUGUUCAUCGACAUGCCCAGAAUCAUGGGACUCUCGGACGACAAUAUGUGCCUCAGUGGCCCUGUGCAAGAGAAAAAUACAGUGAUAGAGUGUCACGAGGGAAGGAUCUGUGACUCUCCAUUUUGCUUGAAACUUUAUCAGGAGAUUUUGCAGUCUUAUAAUGGGGCUUUGCUAUGGACUUUCCUGAAACCUUUACUACAUGGGAAGAUACUGUACAAUUCAAACAUCAACAUGAUUGACCUGGUGAUGCAGAAGGCUAAUUUCACUUUUGCUUUUGUGGAAAAUUUGAAGACUUAUUCUGAGACGUGGCUUAGGAUGUCUGAGGUUUUUAAAACCAGUGGAAAUGUCCUCACGGUCUCACGACUGCAGGAAGCACUGCAAAGCAAUUUUAUAAAGCACUUUAUAGAAAGUAACUUGGAUAUUGACAUGGAAAAACUAUUGAAAAAAAUGCAAGUAUAUGAAGCUAUGAUGAACAAGAUGCUUAACAGCUCAGCAAGUAAACAGAUUGACCUGUUGUCACAGCUUGUAGUAAAUAUCUCUUCCUGUGUGUUACUGGACCGUUUCCAGCCUUUUGACUCUGUUGAGAAAUUGGAGGAGAAGGCUCAUGAACUCAUGCAGCAAAAUAAUUUUUUGGCUAGUAUAAUCUUUGAUAUACCAAAGAACAAGACGCAAGAUUCUAGCAAACUCCUUCCACGGCACAUUUCAUAUACAAUUAGAACCAGCGUUCUCUAUAGCAUGAGAACAGAUUUGAUUAAAAACCCAGCAUGGAAAUCCCAUCCCCAGAAGUUGCCAGCUGAUGGGUUUAAAUACAACCACAUCUUUAUUCCUCUUCAAGACAUGAUUGAAAGAGCAAUUAUUUCAGCACAGACUGGGACAGAUACCUCCAACCCAGCCAUUCAGGUGCAAGCCAUGCCUUACCCUUGUCAUACCAGUGAUCUAUUCUUGAACAAUAUAGGUUUUUUUUUCCCACUUAUGAUGAUGCUAACAUGGAUGGUUUCAGUUGCUGGGAUGGUUCGCAAGCUGGUUUAUGAACGAGAAAUUCAUCUUGAAGAGUAUAUGAAGACAAUGGGUGUACAUCCAGCCAUUCAUUUCUUUGCUUGGUUUCUGGAGAAUGUCAUUGUACUCACAAUAAGCAGCUGUGCACUGGCCAUCAUUUUAAAAGCAAGUGGUAUCUUUGCUUAUAGCAAUGGCUUCCUCGUCUUCCUUUUUCUCCUGGAUUUUGGAGUUACAGUUAUUAUGUUAAGCUAUUUUUUGGGAGCGUUUUUUAGCAAUGCCAAUACAGCAGCUCUGUGUGCAAGCCUUGUGUAUAUGAUCAGUUUUUUACCCUACAUAGUUUUGUUGGUGCUGCAGAACCAGCUGAGUUUCACCAACCAGAUUAUAAUGUGCCUUCUGUCUACAACUGCCUUUGGGCAAGGAGUAUUCUUCAUUACAUUCUUUGAAGGCCAAGAAAUAGGAAUUCAGUGGAAUAAUGUGCACCAGUCAAUGGCACAGGGAGGACACAUGACCUUUGGAUGGAUGUGCUGGAUGAUGUUCUUGGACUCUAUUUUAUAUUCUAUAGGUGGCUGGUAUUUCAGCAAUAUAAUUUCUGGAAAAUGUGGAUUAAAGAACCGAUGGUACUUCCCUUUUACUUUUUCCUACUGGAAGAACCUGUGUGGUGUAGAGAGGAGGAAGAGACAUUAUCUGAAUUCUAAUAUGUUUUUCUUCAAUGAAAACUUCCAAGAAAAAGACUCGGCACCUCCAAGCUGGAAAGGUCCUUGCAUCGAAGGAGCCACCAUUGGUGUCAUGCUGCUGUCUCUCACCAAAGAGCACAUGGAUGGCCAGAAGGCUGCUGUUAAAGAUCUCAGCCUCACUUUCCAUAGAGGUCAGAUAACAGCACUCUUGGGACCCAAUGGAGCUGGCAAGACAACAGUUAUAUCACUAUUGACUGGUCUGUAUCCACCAAGCUCUGGUACCAUCAUAAUUAAUGGAAAGGACAUACGUACUGAUCUGGCUGCCAUUAGGACAGAGCUGGGUGUUUGCCCACAGUAUGAUGUCCUGUUCAACAUACUAACAGUACGAGAACAUCUACUGCUUUAUGGAUCAGUGAAGGCACCCAGUUGGACAAAGGAAGAGUUGAAUCAGCAAGUCAGUGGAGCUCUGGAAGACGUGGAUUUAUCCCAACAUCAGUACAAACCUGUUGGAGCCCUCUCUGGGGGAAUGAAAAGGAGGUUGUCCAUUGCCAUCUCCUUUAUUGGAAACUCAAAGACAGUUGUUCUAGAUGAGCCCACCAGUGGAGUAGAUCCAUGUUCUCGCCGUAACAUCUGGGAUGUUCUUCUGAAGUACAAAGCUGGUUGCACACUGAUCUUUACUACUCACCAUCUUGAUGAGGCAGAGGUGCUCAGCGAUCGCAUUGCCAUCCUGCAGCGUGGCCAGCUGAGGUGCUGUGGUUCUCCGUCUUACCUGAGAGAAACGUAUGGCCAGGGACACAGUUUAACACUCAUAAAAAAGCCCUCUGUGCUUGAAAUCCAAGAUCCUAAGCAUAUUUUUCGGGUCACAUCUUUGGUGCAGACCCACAUCCCGGAAGCCUUCUUGAAAGAGAACAAUGGAACUGAGCUGACAUAUGUGAUUCCAGAAAGGGCAGAUAAAACCUCAUUUAAAGGUCUUUUCCAGGCUUUAGACCAAAGCCUUCAUCAUCUACAUGUGACUGGCUAUGGCAUUUCUGACACCACCUUGGAAGAGGUAUUUCUGAAGCUACUGCAGGAUUCAGAGAAGAUGCCUUAUGUUCCACCGUCAUCACACCUGGACCAUACAAAUGGUGCUGAAUCAGCCUGGUCCUCAAGUGUUCGUGGACCCCGUCUCAUUCUCACGCAGAUUUUUGCCCUUCUCGUGAAGAGGUUUCAGCACACUAGGCGAGACUGGAGAGGAAGUCUGUCGAACGUGCUGCUGCCUGUCCUCUUUGUUGCACUGGCAAUGGCCUUGUUUAGUGUGAAGCCACUGGCUAUUGAUUAUCCUUCUCUGAAGCUGACACCAAGACUUUAUGACAAUGCAGAAUCCUUCUUUAGCACUGAAGAUGAUAACCUAGGAAACCUUUCCCAGAUUCUACUGAGAGAUUUUUCUGAUUGGGACCACACAUGCAUGCAUUCAAAAGAAGGAAAAAAUAAUCCGUGUUGGCAGAUGCAAUCUAUGUCACCCCAGGAUUCAUGUGGAUGUAUGUGUCCAAGUUUCAAUACCUCUGCUCCCUAUGUGAAGAAUAAGAAAGGACAUAUUUUGUAUAAUCUUUCAGGGUUUCUUGUGGAAGAAUAUUUAGUCAGGCCUUCCAACAAAGCAAGAUAUGGUGGUUGGUCUUUUGGAGGAAGGAAAGCAUUUGAACUUCAAGAUAAAAAAUUGAAUAACACCAAAUCUAAGCCUCUGGUUAAGGUGUGGUACAACCAAAAAGGUUUUCAUUCACUGCCAUCCUACUUAAAUGAACUCAAUAACUUCAUUCUGUGGUUGAAUUUGCCUCCUAAUGUGGAUUGGAAACAGUAUGGGAUCACACUUUACAGCCAACCAUAUGGAGGAGCGUUGCUGGAUGAGGACAAAAUAAUGGAGAAUGUCCGUCAGUGUGGGGUAGCAUUGUGUAUCAUGCUGGGUUUCUCUAUCCUUACCGCAUCCAUUGGAAGUGCAAUAGUGAAAGACAGAGUAUCUGGCACAAAACGCUUGCAGCACAUCACAGGCCUGGGUUACAAAACUUACUGGCUUGCUAACUUCUGCUGUGAUAUGCUGUUUUACAUGGUUCCAGUCACCCUGUGUGUUGGUGUUAUUAGCGCCUUCCAGCUAUCAGCCUUCACUUUCCGAAAGAACUUGGCAGCGACUGUUCUCCUGCUGAUACUCUUCGGAUAUGCCACUUUACCAUGGAUGUACCUUGUAUCCAGAUUCUUCUCAAGUCCAGAUGUAGCUUUUAUUUCUUACAUCUCCUUAAAUUUUGUGUUUGGCCUGUGUACCAUGCUGGUGACUCUCUUACCUCGUUUGUUAGCUAUAAUUUCCAAAGUGCAGAGUUUUCAGAAUAUCUACAACAUCCUCAAAUGGGUAUUCAUUGUAUUCCCACAAUUCUGCUUAGGCCAGGGUUUAAUAGAACUUUCCUACAAUCAGAUCAAGUUUGACCUGACCAGCAACUUUGGAAUAGAUUCAUAUGUGAGCCCCUUUGAGAUGAAUUUCCUGGGCUGGAUUUUUGUGGAAAUGGCUCUGCAGGGAACACUACUUCUUCUUUUACGGCUUUUUCUUCAUUGGGACCUCCUCCAGAAACCAAGGGGACAGUGUUCAAUUAACAGCAUGGUCAGCUCUUCAGAAGAUGUUGAUGUAGAAAUGGAGCGACAGCGACUCUUUGGUGGAAGAACUGGUAAUGAUGUCCUCCUUCUGUACAACCUCAGGAAGUGUUAUGGAGGUUUCAGUAAGAAGAAUACAGCUGUGGAAAGCAUAAGCUUGGGAAUACCAAGGGGAGAGUGUUUUGGACUCCUGGGAACAAAUGGAGCUGGGAAAAGCACAACAUUUAAGAUGCUGACUGGAGAUAUCAUCCCAUCUGCAGGACGUGCAGUUAUCAGGACUCCUACAGGGUCUGAAAUGGAUAUACUGUCUGCUAGCUCUGAAGGCAUUCUCAUUGGCUAUUGUCCACAGCAAGAUGCUCUGGAUGAACUUUUAACAGGUUGGGACCAUCUUUAUUACUACUGCACGCUGCGUGGAAUUCCAAAACAGGAUAUCCCACAGGUUGCAGAGGACCUUGUUAACCGGUUACACCUCAAUGCCCAUGCUGACAAACUGGUGAGAACAUACAGUGCUGGCACGAAGAGGAAGCUCUCUACUGCUGUGGCUUUAGUUGGUAAACCCCAAAUACUUUUACUGGAUGAGCCCAGCUCUGGGAUGGAUCCCUGCUCUAAACGCUACCUUUGGAAAACCAUUCUGAAGGAAGUUCAGGAUGGCUGUGCAGCUGUGCUGACAUCCCACAGUAUGGAAGAAUGUGAAGCCCUCUGCACACGGCUGGCUAUUAUGGUCAAUGGAAGUUUCAAGUGUCUUGGUUCUCCCCAGCACAUUAAAAACAGGUUUGGAGAUGGCUAUUCUGUCAAGGUUUGGCUUAGUAAAGAAAUAAGCUAUCGAAGAAUGAUUUUGGACCGUCUACAACUGCAUUUUCCUGGAACACAGUUUAAGGGACAGCAUCUUAACCUGCUCGAGUAUCAUGUACCACGAAGUCAGGGAUGCUUAGCAGAGCUCUUCAGAGUCCUAGAGAAUCACAAAGCUUUUCUUCAAAUCAAACACUACUCCAUUAGCCAAACCACAUUAGAGCAGGUAUUCAUUAAUUUUGCUACACAACAGCAAGGAGUCUCUCAUUCUUCACAGGAAUCUCCUGUUCAUCAUGACCACCUGCCAGUCUAGGCUCAGAAUAGGAAACAACUUCAGCAGCAUAUAUGUGUGUGUAUGUUUGUGUAUAAAUACACACAUUUUACAUGCAAAAACUUCUUAGCUGUUAACAAUUGGUGCGUGAGAAACAAACAGUAGAAGCAGAAGUGAGUUUGUAUUUGUAGGCCAGAAAGAAUGCUACCAGUUCUCAGUAAACCAAGAAACUGGUUACCUGCAGACCAAAAAUCUGCCAAAAAGUAAUGCUUCUUAAUUAACUGAAAAUUUAUAUUAUAAAUGGCCUAAUUAAU